AUGAGUUUGGAUGAGUGUCGGGCACUCAAAGCACUGAAAGAGAACAAUAAUACCACCAUCAACGGCUGGCAGGAAGACUGCGAUGACUUCAGCUUUGGUGAUGUCUGCAAUGGAACAGAGCCACUCGCCAUCAGCCAUGCUGGUGGCGAGUUCACUGACCUCACAAGAGAGGUUCUAGGAGACUUUUGGAAAAUCAACAAUUGCAUUCAACAUGUGGAUAACCGCACCUGUCGUGAUUGUGUCCUCCACAGGAACAAGGUGUUUGCUGAGCAGCUGCCAGUGAUAACCAGUGCGUACCUUGUGUGGAGCCUGGCAAAAUGUAAGGAAGGGUUUUUUGAGAGAUUGGAGAAAGAAGGCCUAGGCCUGGAGAGUGGCUCUGACUAUGGUCAAUGGCCGAUCAGCGUGAUAGAUGUGUUCUAUGCUGAGAAAGUCAUUCUUCGAAUCUUACCAACAGACGCCACUAUCAGCAGUGUGCUCGUUCGUCAAGGCAUGAUGCCUUGUUCACCUAUAUCACCAACUGUCAUAAUCACUACCAAAGCUCUGGAUCUAUACCAUGUAGCGCAUCUUAGAAGUCCUCAAUUGUCUAUCCAGGCUUUCGUCAAAACCAUGUGCAAUUUGCAUGGCGUUGGUUUCCACAGACACUUAUCUCGUCAAUUCUCAAUUGUGUUCGAUUUAUAUCUUCAAGUUCGAUGCUCCAUGGCAGCCAUGGUACUGUGCUCUCAAGAAGUGGAGGGGUUGGGGCUUGGCUUCAGCUCUUGCGCUGCACCCUUAGCCAAGAUGGGUAGACCGCUAGGGUCCACUUUGAGGGUCGGGAAUACAUCUUCGGAACUUCCAGCGGGGCAGCAACUGGCAAGUGACCGCUACCUAUCUCGCACCUUUGUUGAUCAGUUCACAUGGGACUCCACUACUGCAGGUGAUGAGGAUGUACAUCUCGAGAACUUGUGUGAAGGAUGCUGGAAGAACAUGGACAACGCAAAGACGAGGCAAGCAUGGGGUGUUUAUGAUGAAACAGGCAUUUUUGUGGCCGUGUGCCGCCAUGGAUUCUCUCUGCUUGUUGCGGAUAUGGUACAGAGCGGGGAGCUGUCAAAGUAUCCUUUGGCCAUUGUUUCAAAGUUGCUGGAUGUAUUUGGAAGCAAUCUGGGUGGUGGAUAUGACAUAGGUUGUCAAUUCAAGACCACACUUGACAACAGCUCCCUCAGACCCCUUGCACGGUCUAUGCAUCACAUGUGCCUUGUCAGUGCAUUCCAUGGACAUGCGCACAGGCAAUUGUGCCAACUUUUCUCACUUACUACUUACAUCAAAGGUUUGGGCCUCAAGGAUCUGGAAACGUGUGAAUGGACAUUCUCAAAAUCCAAUUUGCUAGCAUCUGCACUAUGGUAUGCAAGUAUAUUCCAUAGACGACAGGCUAUCAACACGUAUUUCGAGCACAACAUCAAUUUUGAAGUGUAUGUGAAUCUUUCCGACUUUUUGUACAAUAACUACAAGCAGGCACUUGACAUCACCAUUUUCGAGCACUGGCUGGAGGAAGAAAAGAUGGAGUAUUGGCAGAGGUUGGUUAGUCUUACUGCGAGUGAGGAAACUCUGGACGCUGCAAUAACGGCUUUCCAGGGCUCAUCGCACCUCAAGGCUGUACCAUAUGAUGUGCAGGCGAAGAAUACUCGCAAUGCCGAGAGUGCCCGAUGGCAUGCUCUUGAGGACCAUGAGAGGAAUUUGAAGCUUGUUCAGGCACUCAAGUGCAAGCUCGAGAUCGAGAAAUGCUGGACUCCCCACGAUGCAGAGUGGCAGAAGGUUGGGAGACUCGUGGCCAACUGGAAAUACCAGCAUGCACUGGAUCGUCUCAAAGGAUUGAUCAUUGCACGCAUAUUUGAGCUGACAAGGAUGAACCGUGCAGGCACAGGCUACAAACUGUGGAAGCAUAUCGCUAAGACCUUGCAAACACGUUCCGUCGCCAUCAGGACUGCCCUCAACACAUACAAUGCUAUCACUGGGUCAAUGCACCCUCCCCACCGGACACCUAAGUGGGACGAGGUCGUAGAGUACGCGUUCCUUGCAGACUUCGACUUGCUACGUGAUACAUGUGCAGACGUGUCUCAACACCCUUGGUCAUUGGCUGCUGCUUGUAGCACAAUGGACCUCCACUUCAAAAUGUGUCAGGUGCGUGAAGAGAUUGAGUGUCUCAAUAUUGAGGUAUGA